CAUCGUUCGUUUUGGGCGCAUUGGCGCGAGAACAUCGGAUGUGGUCUGUUUAUAAGAGCGAUCACUCACAUUAACGUAUUGAAAAAGAAGAGAAUAAUUAUUAAUAUAAAUAUACUUUUGUUUAUUUUGAUCCAAGGUUAUACAAUAAAGCAAUCAAAAUGUUUUGGGGUCUAAUAAUGGAACCGAAUAAACGAUACACUCAAACCGUUGAAAAAUCAUUCCACGUGUCUAUGGCGACUUUGGAUGUUGCAAGCGCCGCUGUUAUUGCAGAUGACGAUGUAGUACAAGUGACUGUAUAUUAUGAUGGUACAAAUUACUUACUCUGUAGUUUAAAAAAAGGCUCUGUAUGGCAAGUACCACUUGAUUUGCACUUUCAAGAGGGUACUAAAAUAGCUUUCACAUGUAAUGGGCACAGUCGUGUGCAUUUAACUGGAUAUUUAAUACCAGAUGAUUUAGUUGAUGAAAUAGAAGAAGAGGAAGAAGAGGAAGAAAAAGUUCAACAAUUAAUUGAUAAACAAUCAAAGAGAAAAGCAAUAGAUUUUCCAAAAGGAAAUAAAAAAGUAAAAAGAGUAAAAAAUGAAGUUGAAUCGUCAGAAGAUGAUGAUUUAGAAUUAGAUGGAACAAAUAAUGAUGAAGAUAUCGAUGAUGAAGAAGAAGAAGAAAGAAAGGAAUCUUUGUUGAAUGAAGAAAAUGUUAAUGAAGAAGAAGAUGAGGAAGAAAGUGAUGGUGAUGACGAUGACGAUGAUGAUGAUGAUAAUUAUCAUGAUGAUGAUGAUGAUGAUGAUGAUGAUGAUGAUGAUGAUGAUGAUGACGAUGAUAUUAAUGAAGAAGAAGAGGAAAAGAUACGAAAAAAAUUCAGUAAACAACAGCAACAACAGGGAAAGAAGAACAAACAAGUAGAACAACUACAGCAAAAAAAGAAGCAAGAUAAACAAAAAUUGGUAAAUGGAAAGGAUAUCAAACAGAAUCAACAAAAAAAGAAUAAAGGAGAACAGCAACAACAGAAUACUUCAAAUGAACAGAAGAAAAGGGUGGUUGAGGGAGGUGUACAAGUAAAAGACAUUAAAACAGGCAAUGGUGCAUUUGCAAAAGCAGGAAAAUUUGUUUCUGUGUACUUUAUAGGACGAUUGCAAAAUGGCAAGAAAUUUGAUGCCACUACACAAGGAGAUGGUUUUAAAUUUAGGCUUGGAAGAGGCGAAGUUAUCAAAGGUUGGGAUGUAGGCAUUACUGGUAUGAAAGUUGGUGGAAAGAGACAAAUUACAAUACCUCCAGCUAUGGCGUAUGGUGCUAAGGGUUUUCCACCUGCUAUUCCUGGCAACAGCACACUUAUUUUUGAAGUUGAACUAAAAAAUGUCCAUUAAUAUGUAAUUGUAAUCUGACAAAUAUUUGCAUAUUUCAUAUAACUGUAAUUCUAAAAAAUUUUACUAUUUAUUUAUUAACAUAUAAGGAUAUAUUAAAAAUUUAUUAAUAAUGACAAAAAAUCUCUAUAGGUUAUUAUAUUUUAAAAAUAUUCAUACAACAUCAAAUUUGUUUGUAUUAAAUAUAAUAUUUAUUCCCAUAAUACGAUAAUACUUAUAUUUUUGCAACAGAUUAUUGUUUACAUAAAUAAUUAAUUAUAAGAGUUUAAUUAAAUUGAAUAUUAUCAGAUAUAAUUAGUAAUGAUAUUUUGUGACAUCCUUAUAUGUUAAUAGGUGAGUAUUCAAAUGUAAUUAGACAAAAAGUCGUGAAAUAUGUAAAGGAAUGCCUAAAUAGAUUAAAGCAGUUUUGAAUUGUUGGAGGUAUAAAACAAGAUGUUGAUGUUUUUGAUAAAAAGUUAUAUUAAUGCAAUGCAUUUAAUAUCGUAUAUACAGUCAACAUAUAUUUGAGCAAUCAAGGUACAGUGUAUACAAGUAUAACAUCUCUUAUAUCUCACUAUAAACUUAAAAACUACUGUUGAGUAUUAAAAAAGUAACUGAUGUUUACAAAUAAAUUUUACAAAUAUUCUAGCUCUGGUAUAUGUUUAUUUUAACUUUUAUAAUGUCUGCAACAUAAAUUUCCAGGGCGUAUACAUCAAAAUUGUGUAAACACUAAAUGUAUUUAAAUGUAUUCAUCAAAAAGAUAUUAUAUAAUAAAAUUUUAACUUUA